AUGAAUGCGCCCAAUCGCACCGCCGAAUGCGACUGGAAGCCCGCUCUGUAUAACAAAGGUGCCGCUUUUGUCUACUCUGAUGAGUACACCAAACCCGUGUUGGAUUUACUUUCCGCCAAGCCUGGCGAACGGAUCGUAGAUCUAGGUUGUGGCACCGGUGAACUAACUCUGCGUAUCGAAAGAAUCGUUGGACCUGAGGGGCUAGUUUUGGGGAUAGACUCCACCGAGAGUAUGCUCGAAAAGGCCAAGGCAAAUGGGCUCAAAAAUUCCAUUCUCUGCGACAUACAGGACCUUGCAAUACCUAACGAGUUCAAACACCUUACUGGAACAUUUGAUGCGGUGUUCACGAAUGCUGUCCUUCACUGGUGUAAACGAGAUCCACGUGGCGUGGUGAGAGGUGCGAAGGCCCUCCUGAAGCCUGGGGGCCGGUUUAUUGGCGACUUUGGAGGGUACAUGGCCGCAUUGGGUCUACGAUCCGUUGUGGCCCAGAUACUCAAAAGCCGUGGAAAACCGGUUCAUGAACCAUGUUUUCUUCCUCGAGCCGAAGAGUAUAAGAAAAUACUCGAAUCGGAAGGAUUCAGAGUGGAGGACAUCUCAUUGAACCCCUCGAUCAACACCCUCCCUGGAUCCAUGAUAGACUUUCUUCGUUCGGUUUUUCGGGUCUCAUACCUCAAACAUGUUGACGACGACGAAGCAGAAGACAUCAUCCAAGAGAUGAGUAGAGUUUGCGAGUUUGACCAUAAAGAUGAAACGGGCACGUGGGGUUUUAUGGCUGAUGAGUGGAUCACCCGUGCUACACAAGACAUCUGGAUUAGGCUUGGAUUUGAUCCGAGUGAUAAGUCUACUUGGACACAAGAGCGCAUACAUCAGCCAUGGCACCGAAAGGUCCUGGCCAAAGAAGUCGCCCCUAAUGCGUGGGGUGCCAUAUGCGAGUUGGUUGGCGGGGAAGAGAAAAUAUCAGAUUAUUGUAAAGAAUGGCGCGACAGCAUGAUAACCAAUUUAGGAACUGAGAGGUGGGAGAAAGAGGAUAUUAGGCCUCAGGAGCUUGACAACUGGCACUGCGACGGGGAUUUUUUCCUUCACUUCCUUGACUCUCCAGAACAAGGUCUCUUGGUUAUCCCUCUUUACAGUGAUAUUAAACCCCGUGGAGGAGGAACGUAUAUCGCAGAAGACAGUAUUGGGGCUAUUGCCCGCUGGCUGCGUGAUCACCCUGAGGGUGUUGCUCCAGGAAUGGGCCCAGGGCAAGGGAAGUUUGAUUUCGGCGCCCGUUUGAAUGAGUGUAAUGUGUUUACCGAGAUGACAGGAGAACGCGGAGAUGUAAUCCUCUUGCAUCCUCUCCUACUUCACUCUGCAUCCAAAAAUCAUACUCGUUCGAUUAGGUUCAUAACGAACCCGCCAGUAUCCCUCAAGGAGCCAUUCAACUUUAACCGUUCCGAUCCAUCUGAGUUCUCGUUGGUUGAGAGGAAAACGCUCAAAGAAUUGGGCGUAGAAAGAUUAGAGUUUUCUCCGAAGGUUCCGAGGAAAAAUAUCAUGCCCCAGAGACUGGAUGUACAGAGCCGGCUUUUGGCCGAGGAACUUCGAAGGAUGAAAGAUUAUGCUGCAAGGCAUGGGUCCAUAAUUGAUUCGGUACACAAGGAUGUCCCAGAGGAUAGACUUAAAGAAUCACUCACGCCUUCGGUUGUCAGCAUUAGUCAUAUCAAUCUUAUGGAUCUACUGCUAGAGCAUCUUCCUAGUUUGGCGACUUCGGGUGCUCAUAUUGACCUAGUACCUCCAAAACCAUCUGAUAAUUUCUAUACUUAUAUCCUUCUAUUUUCACUUCAAAGUGAGGAUGAAUAUUCUCGGUCAACGACUCCUAUUGUGUCUAGCUUCAAUCUUGGGCGACCCGGAGGAAGCAUUACCAGUGCUCUGCGACUUACUCGAGACAAAUGCUAUUGGCUCUUUGCGCACCAAGACGGUUUACUUCCAAGCCAUACAGAUACGCAGAUACUAGCACUCCGCAGCUCGAAGCACGUCGUAGCACUACUCCCACUGACGACUGAUGCGUGUAUGGGAACACUCCGCGGCCCACUGUUCGAGCCAGAGAAGGAUUUAAUUUUUGCUCGUUUUGAGAGGAGCCACUCAGCAACCGAGACAGGUCAAGUAGUGGUUACUAUCGCCAAGGACAUCAACUCUGCUAUCAAAGCCUCUGUCGUACAGGCGCGUCUACUACUUAACGUCCCAGGCCCUCUUGUCAACACACCUACACUCAACUCCUAUAUCUUUGAGAGCAAAUUGACCUAUUGUACCUGGAACUCUCUCCAACCUCCAACCCCAACGACAGGCGCAUCUGCACUGAAAGCUCUGGAGCACUUCCAUUCAAUUGGGACUCGGCCAGCAGCAUUCUUGAUCGAUGAUGCAUGGCAAGACGUAAAGUCCUUCAGGCUUCAAUCCUUUGAUUCUAAACGACUGUUCUUGGACAAGAUCGGGAGCUUGGGCGAACUAGUCAAGACGGCAAAAGACAAGUACGGGGUAGCGCAUGUCGGCGUCUGGCAUACUAUACAAGGCUACUGGCAAGGAGUAGAACCGAGCAAGUUUGCGAGUCAAUAUAGCCUAGUCAAGGUUACGAAGGAUGGGUAUCCCGGCCCGGCCGAAGAAGAGGGAUUCGAAUACUACAUACCCCACCCUGACUCGGUUCAAAACUUUUUCAAUGACUACUAUGCAACUCUUCGUACCGCCGGCAUAACGUUUACAAAGUGUGACAACAUGGCAUCUAUGGACCAUAUCGUCUCUGCUAUAGAAGUUACCUACUCGAAGUCUGGCGAAGAAAUAUUCGGAAGCUCGGUGGAUAUCGUCAUGUUGAGAAAGGCCUAUGUCCAGGCUGUGACUUCUGCAGCAUUGGAAGCGUUCGGUGCAGCGAAUGUCAUAUGGUGCAUGGGAAUGACACCGAGAGUUCUGCUCGGAGAGAUCGGUCUCUGUGGAAAAGGAGUAAAGCGGGUUGUGAGAAACAGCGAUGAUUAUUAUCCCAACGAGCCCGACUCGCACAGAUACCACGUCUUCACAAAUACCAUAAAUGCGCUUCUAUUGAAUGAGCUUGACGUCCAACCUGACCUUGAUAUGUUUCAAACCCAUCCUUACAUUUCAUCGGAUGGGGAAGUGCAUAAUACCAACACCGGGAUAUCUCAGGGCUCAUUCCAUGCAUCGUUUCGUGUAUUUGGUACCGGCCCGGUAACGAUUACAGAUGCUCCUGGCAAGUCGAAUCCCGAAAUCCUCACGAAGAUGGUAGGCGAUACAGCGCCGGGUCCAUCACCUAGCAUAGUUGUUCAAGCCUCGACCGCAUUUACCGUACUCAACGACGUAUUCGAUCCACGAGUCAUGUGCGCCGGAGUAGGUAGAGGCCUCAAAGUUUACGUUGACAAGACAGUCGGGAUCUGGAAUGUACAGUCCGGGGAAGGAAGGCUAGUGGAAUUCAUUACAGCUUCCGAUAUCGCACAAGCAUUAGGUGUCCCUUCAAACUCAGUGUCGGCGGUGGUACUCUACAUCCAAUCUAGUAACCCAGCAAACGAGCGAGUUGUGCUGCAUGACAUAUCCAAUACACUCCACCCCGCUGCGCCUAUUCGAAUUGAACUUGAUCCUCUCGGCUGGGCUACUGUUGGUGUGGUCGAAAUCAGCUCACUCGGGGACCAGGGUAAAGUCGCGUGUCCCGGGCUAGUAGACAAAUACUUGGCUUCUCAGGGGAUCACUGAAACUCGAGUCAGCGGUAAAGGAAGCGAUUGGAGCUACACCAUAGUGUCCAAGUGCAGCGGUAUUCUGGGCUUAUGGACUACUCCCGAGGUUUCCGUGAAAAGUGUCGAGGUGAACUUCGUCGGUGAGAAUGGAGACUUGGGGAGUGCUCAAAACCCAGAAAUCGAAACGACGGACGUUGGAAAGGCAAAAUGGGUCACACUGAAAUUGAAGGGGAGGAGCAAGGUAGUUUUCGAUCUGACAGAGUAG